AUGCGUUGUGUAGUAGUCGUUCUCGCCGCUGUUGCAGUAUUGACCUACGGCCAAGUACAGAACUCUGGCUAUGAGAACGCCGAGCAAGUUCAGCCUGCUCCAGCCCCAGUCAGCGCUGAUGGUGGAGAUCAGCAAGCUUACAACUCCGAUGCUGCUGCCCCAGUGGCUCCCGCUUCUCCUCCACCACCUCCUCCACCACCACCGCCAUCACCACCUGCACCUGUCCGGAGCAGCUACGCAUCCUCACCUUCACCUUCAUAUCCUCCUAUGCAAGGCAGUUAUGGAACUUCCCCUUUCCCAACACCUCUUCCUCUCAACACUGAUGUACCUACCAGUGAUAUCCCAGCUCUAGCUGGCAACAACAUCGGAUACAGAAAAUACCGUGUUUUCCGUCAUCGUCUUCGCAGUGCUCGUCACUGA